CCUGCGGUGUCACUCAACAAAAAUUGUGGACUAAGCAGUUACUCCAAACAUGUCAUUCACAACCGUGUAGGGUAGGUGUAAACACCCUGGCUUUGCACGUUCGAAGUAUACAAUAACGUACGCCUGGAUAAUGAUAACUUUUAAACUGACAACAUAUGAAUGUCACAUGCACCGAACAUAACGAGCGUGCAAGUGAAGUUAUAUUUAGGCUCAAGCUAAUGCUAGCAGUAGCAUGCUAGCAUCUAGCAGGCUAUUAUCCAUAACAAUGCAGGUACUGGUAGCUAGCUAAGAAUAUUCCAUAACUUGCACGUUUUCUUUGCAAUAAGGUAGGUAACGAAAGCUUAUUUACAACGGUUUAUUUAGGUAGCUCUUUUAGCGAGCAUACAUUUACAGUGCAACACCAAAGUCGCUCAAUGUUUUUGUUGUUGAGGAAACAGAAGGCAGUGGAGCAGCAUCAGUUGUUAGCUACCUAGCUACUUAAUUACUCGUUAAGGUUAACAGCUACUACUAGCUAGGUAGCUAACACAUCUACGAAGAAGAUAACUUGAUAUAAAUGUCUUUCAUUUGUCCGUCUGGAUUGUGCUUGUAAUUUAUGCCUGGAAAACUAUGUAGUCAUAGUUAUCUACAGUAGGUAACGUUAGCUAACGUUGACGCAAAUGUUCAGGUCUGCAAACGUUAUCUAGCUAACGUAGCUAACUCACGUCUCACAAUGGCUAACUAGCUGUCCACUUGUGACAUGCUAUAAUUGACUUACAAAGCUCCCUCACAUACCGCUAUCUCAUGCAGUAGCUAAAUCCGUAUUAACAGUGUGAAAAUGCGUUAUUGUUGCAUGUGCCAAUACUGACUACACAGGAAAUCGUUGUUGUGCAUGGACCAGGUGAAUAGUUGUGGCACUAAUUUUAAUUUCAUGUGUUUUCCAGCUACUGAAAAGUCAUAUGUCUCAUUUGAAGCAUAGCCUUUGAUAUUUAGCUAGAUAUUGGUGCAGGAAGCUCUCUGAUGUUCAGCCAUGGAUGAAGAAGACAACCAGGAUGAGCUGAUCAACCGGAAUGCCUCACACAGAAAAGAUAAAAGGCCUGCAGUAUUGGCAAUCUCAGAUGAAGACAGCGAUGAAGGUGGGGAGGAAUCUGAGGGAGCUUCUGACAGUGGUGAGGAGGAGGAAGACCUCCUCGAUGGAGAGGAGGAGGAGGAAGAAGAGGAGGAUGACAGUGAUGAUGGAGAAGAGGACGAUGUGGUAGAGGGUGCGGUGGGGGGAGCGUCUACUGACUUGGCAGGUCUGAGCUCAGACGAGGACACUGAGAAAUGCCCCAUCUGCCUAAACUCCUUCCACAGCCAGCCCGUGGCCACGCCAGAGAGCUGCGAACACUACUUCUGCCUCGACUGCAUCCUGGAGUGGUCCAAGAAUGCAAACUCCUGUCCUGUGGACAGAAUAGUCUUCAAUAACAUCUACCUGAGAAAAUGUUAUGGUGGGAAAGUGCAGAAAAUGAUCACAGUGCAGAAACCAGUGAAGGAGGGCCAGGAGGAGGUGAUCGACCUGGAGCUGGAACAGACCAGCUGCGAGGUGUGUGGAGGGAGUGACCGUGAAGACCGCCUGCUGCUCUGUGAUGGCUGUGAUGCUGGGUACCACAUGGAGUGCCUGACCCCCCCGCUGGAUGCUGUCCCUGUGGAGGAAUGGUUCUGCCCAGAGUGUCAAGCCAACAACCGCCGUUCAAGGGGUUUAGUGGAAGAGCAGAGCAACACGGAGAGUCUGAGCAGCGCCCAUCCCACAACCAGCCGCUCCCGCCUCCCUGCGGCAGGCCCCACCCGGGCCAUUGCCCGCACCCAGCAGAGUGAGAGGGUCCGCGCCAGUGUCAACCACCACCGCAUCACCCAGGCACGCAUUGCACAGAUCUCCCCCAGCUUUCUGAUGCCACAGACCACCUGGCUGGAUGAGACUAUUAAUGCAGUGGUGGCUGGACUCAACACAGCUGUGUACAUACGGAACCUCACACCCCGCGUUCCAUCCAGUCGACGACGCAGGACAGUAAAGCGCAGGAAAGGCCAGAGUAAGAGGUCUGCCACGGGCGGUAAGGGCAAAGCUGCAGGUACCGGGGUGAGGAGGAGGAAACGGCGAGUGAGGAGGACCAAGUCCAGAAGGAAACUGGUGGUGAAAAAGGAAGCUACGUCACGUGGUCGUAUAGCCCGUAGCCUAGGGAUAGGGAAGCCCAAACGGGGCUCGUCCCUUCCCUCUGUGUACCAACCUUCAGAAACCACUCUGGGCAGUAUGAGGGCUGACAUAGGAGCUGCUUCGCUCUCUGUCUAUGGAGACCCCUACGAUCUGGACCCCUUCACUAGCAGGGAUGAUGAUGAGGUGGAGCAAGCCUCGGCCACGUCAUCACUGCUGGAGGCCAAGAGGCGUGGCUUAUCUCGCUCCGCACUCCUCUCACACCAGCCUGUGGCUCGACCAAUCACUGCUGGCCUCUCUAGGUGGGGCUCGAGCCUUCCCCAGUUGGAGGAGGUCGCAGAGGUGGCCCCAGUGCCUGACCUGCUUGGCAGCAUCCUAUCAGGGCAGAGCAUGCUUCUGAUGGACAGCUCAGACGUAGUCAUUAACAGAGAUGGAUCCCUCAAGGCUAUCAAACCAGUGGGUUUGUCGUCAUCCAUGCCCAGCAGCAGUAGGAGCAGCAGCUCUGGUGAAUCAGUAGCCCAGCUCCACUCAGAGAUGUCCCCUACCACAGCAGCCAGCUCCCUUUGUCUCCCCAUUAAUGGAGACCUGGUAGCAGGACCCUGCCUGUCCCCUUUCACCCCUUCAUCCCCCCACUCGGCCACUUAUCCAACUCCCAUCCUGAGUCACCCACACGUCCCUGCCCCCUGUAGACCUAGUCCUGGACACAGCCACUGGGAGGACACCAGUGUACUACCCCCCCAUGGGACCCAGAGGGCUGCCACCUCCACUCCUACCCCAGACUCUCACUCCAGAGGUAGGGAAAAUGUGCCACCACAGCCCCAGGCUAAGAAGGCCGCUGCUAAACCAGUAUGGGAAGCACCAGUAUUGGUGCUUCCCAGGAUACCAAGUAUAAAACGGGAGAGCGGUGGCCUGACGAAUGGCAAUGCCAGCAGAGGGGGUAGUAGUAGUAGUAGUGGUAGUAGUAGCAGUGCUAAUGGUAGUGGUAGUAAUAGCUUCCCUGAUGCCUGUGUGAACAGCCUGGGUGGGAACAGGGGCAGGCAGCAAAGUGUGGACCAGCAGCAGGGCAGGACAGAGGGACAGAGACCAGACAGAGCAGGCCCUUCCUCAGCCUUCUCCAGCUCCUUCUCCUCUUCGUUCUCCUCUUCUGAUUCUCCAUCUAACCCUGCCCGUACCUCUUCAUCAGCAUCAUCCACGGUGUGCUUCCGGAUCAACGCCAGCUCUGUCUGGCACGCCAGAAAGCUUAGCAACGCUUCUGCAAUUGUUGCAGCUGGAAACUGUCUAGAACCAGCGUCUCCGGAGGAAGAGAAGGCGAAGAGGAAAAGAGAGGAGCGCAGGAAGAAACAGAAUCUACUGACAUCCUCACACACACCGGUCAAAGAGGAGAAGGAAGAGGGGGAUAUAUACGAUCCCUUCCAUCCAACCGGCUCAGACAGUGAAGCAGAGAGCCAUGCUGGGGGGAAACCAACCAUGGUGCACAAGGAAGGUCCCAGCCAGCAGGUGAAGGAAGGUCCCAGCCAGCAGGUGAAGGAAGGUCCCAGCCAGCAGGUGAAGGAAGGUCCCAGCCAGCAGGUGAAGGAAGGUCCCAGCCAGCAGGUGAAGGAAGGUCCCAGCCAGCAGGUGAAGGAAGGUCCCAGCCAGCAGGUGAAGGAAGGUGCCAGCCAGCAGGUGAAGGAAGGUGCCAGCCAGCAGGUGAAAGCCCUGUCACUGGAGAGGGAUGAGGGCUCAGGAGAAGGUCUGGAGGUGAAGAGGGAGCCAGAGAACACUGCAAAGCCUGGUCACAGCCCUCACAACCCACCCAGGUCUGUGAUGACUGGCACCAGCACACCUCUGUCCCAGAGCCAGGUCCAUCUGAAGAGGGAGAGGAAUGAGCCAGGGGGUGAGAAAGGGCAGCACAGCCAGACUGGCAACAGUAGAGAGCCCCAGAACCAGCAGACUACUCCUUCCUUAUCCAGCUUAGCCUCCAGCCACCACAGAAACAGGAUGGUGAAGACUGAGAUAAAGUCAGAGCCCCAGGACAGCCCCCCCAGGUCCCCAUCCAGGUCUAAAUCACACUCCAGGCCCCCAGGCCAGGGGAGGAAAACAUCCAAAGGCAGGGGGUCUUCCAUGGAGCGGCGGUCUGCCUCAAACAGUCCAGAGGCAGGCAGGAGGAGGGGAGACAAGGCCCCGGACCAGGCAGGGAGGAAGAGACGUUAUGAGCGGGGUAGGAGAGGAGACAAGGGGCGAGAGAGUUCUAGGCGUUCGGGAUCGAGGGAGAGGAGAAGGACUCGGUCCCCGUCAGACAGCUCUAUUUCUGAUAUCUCUGAGAGGUCUCGCAGGAAGAAGAGACGGUCACGUUCUCCCUCCAAAGACAGGAGGCGCUCCAGGUCAUGGUCAGGCUCCAGCAGUAGAGAGCGGUCCAAGAGGAAAAAGCAGAGGAGGGGGAGCAGGGAGAGGAACGAGGGCAGAGGGAGUGAAAGAGAGAAGGGUCGCCCGUCAAAGGACAAGAAGCGUGAUUGCUCGCAGUCUCGCUCGCGUUCCCGUUCCAGGUCCAGGGAGAGGAGGAAAGACCACUUCCGAUCACAACCAUCAUCCUCCAGAUCAAAGGACAGGGUUGAGGUGAGGUCGAAAGACCGGAAGAGGCCGAAGUCCAGGUCGCGAUCCAGAGAGAGGAGGAAAGAAGAGGGGUCACAGAGACCACUAGGGUCUUCUUCAACCACCACCUUCAAUAAGCUAGAAGAACAGAAAGAGAAGAAAAAGGUACAAGUUCUCCCCCGCGUCCCUCUGAAAGAGGAGAGCGAGACUAAAGAAGAGAGAAAAGAGGCGGAGAUCAAACAGCAGAUGCUUUCCUCAGGACUCAAAUCUCUCUCUGUCCUCUCUGCCUCAGAGGUGAAAAAGGAGAGUGACAGCAAUGACAUUAGAACAGAGAGACUUGCCUCUCUCUCAACAAAACUACUCAAUGAGUCUAUGCUGCUAAAAGAGAUUAAAAAAGAGAAACCUGCCUUUGAUAUGUUGGAAGAAUCACUGGAUAGUAAACCAAUCAAAAAAGAACAACCUCUGUCAACAUUCAGCACAGUCAAGGACUUGCAACAGCACAAGGAGAUCGAAAAAGAACACCCUUCCGCCCUCAUAAAGGAGGCGUGCGCAGUCUCCACAUCAGACAUAGCAGAUCAAAAAGGUCAGGCAUUAAAGGAAACCAUCAUGACUGAGACCAUCUGGCCUGAGCUGCCUCAACACCUAACCUCCAACAUCCCUUUUCCCCCCACCCAAACUGGCCAAUCCAGCCCAAGCUUCUCAACACUCAGCACACACCUGGUCCUUACUCCUCCUCAGGCUGCUGAGAGUAUAGCCAGCCAGCAGGGGACCCCAUCCCUGAUUCCUCCAGUACCAGAGGCCCUCACAGAGACUCCUCCACUAGUCCAACCCAUCUCAGUGAACCCAGAGAAGCACGAGGUAGAGGAGCCUUCAGACGAUGACAUGGACGUGGACAUGAUGCUGGACAGCCUGGACUAUGUGAAGACGGAGCCAGGAGGAGAGAGUGGCGAGGCUGGGGUCAAACAGGAGAAGGAAGGAGAGGGGGAGAAGGGGAAGACUGGGGGAGAACUGGUGCCAGUCACGGCAGGUGCCAAGGCCAAACCCUCGGUGAAGAGGGUCACCUGGAACCUGCAGGAGCCAGAGGGGCCACAGCCAGAGAAGACUGGCACUAAGCUGUCCCUCUACAAACUGAAGCUGAAACAGGAGGGAGCUCGCAGACCUGCCUCUUCCGCCCAGGCAUCCAGUCAGGAGGCUCCCUUGGGGGCUACGUCACUCACUGACCCCAAGGUCCAGAGCACCAAGAGGGGCAGUGUGUCCAUAACGCUCCCUAGUGCCAUUUCCAGCUCCAGCAGCUUAACCAACGUAGCACUGUCUAAACCUGGGCAGGAGGAACCCAACGAAGACCUGGGAGAGGAUGAUGUUUCUAGGAACGAUAAGUACAUAAAGAAGCUCCAUAUGCAGGAGAGAGCCAUAGAGGAGGUGAAGCUGGCUAUCAAGCCGUUCUACCAGAAGAGAGACAUCACUAAGGACGAAUACAAGGAUAUCGUACGCAAGGCUGUCCAGAAGGUCUGCCAUAGUAAGAGCGGGGCGAUCAACCCAGUAAAAGUGGCCAACCUGGUCAAAGCCUACGUGGACAAAUACAAACACUCCAGGAAAUACAGGAAAGUAGAGGAUGGAGGGAAGACACAGGAGGCAGAAAUGGAUAGAACAAAUGACCCAGAGACCCCAUGAGGACCCCACAUUCAUCCACACGCCCUGGAGACUCAGCUAUUUUCACACUAAUUUGAUUAUUUCUGUUAUCAAAUUGUCACAGGUUGUUGUUUUUGGGGAUUAUAAAGUUGUUACAUUAUGUUCAUAGUAAUUCAACAUCUCACAAAAUAAUGGAAGAGCCUUUUCGUUGAAAGAUGUGGAAAUAACUUAGUGGACCCAAUGUGGUCUUGCACUUUGAUUACCACCGACUGACAAGCAUUUGUUUUUGAAUUGGAUUUGUUUCAAGAUUCACACAAGGCCAGACCAUCUCCAUGCACUUUGUUUUCAUGGUCUAGCAUGGUCUACUCUUGGAGAGGUUCCCACAGAGAUUCUGUCUUAAACGGACAGCUCUGUCAAAUAGCCUUUCCAUCAAGAGAGGUUGAGGAAUAAUGUGAAUGAGCUUUUUCUACAGGCAAAAUGUCUGACAAGAAGCAGUGCUGACUUUUCUUUUUUAAAUGGUGUCUUUUGUAUGGGAGAGGGGUGUUUAUCUGUGGCAUGAGUCCUAAUUCUGUGGUGUCAAAGUUUAAUGCUGUCAUUGACAUAUUAGAAGAAGAAAAUAAUGCCACAGUGCAGAAAAAUACAUGUAUGCAAAUUUGUAGAGUAGGAAAGUUAUUUCUGAUUUUAGAUUUGGUGUAAAUCUAGAUUUUGGAUUCACUAUGUAUGCCCUUCCAGUUCUGUUAGCUUCCUACUGAGUAUUCACAAAUGUAUACUGUGAAUGUUUCUGGAUGAAGUUUGUUGUUUUUGUGAAUGUCUCUGUGCUAUGGGAUGUGGGUCCGAUGGAGUGCUGGUUGGCAAACGGUACAGUUGGGCUCUUAAGUUGACCAGUUUCUCACAGCAGGAAAAUAGUCUUGUAGCAACAGGAAAUUUGAAUUAUAACUAAAUACCAUUUUUGUAGGGGUUGAUACAUUUUUAGUUGGGGCAAAUCAAGCCUGAAAUUUUAAAGUGGAAAUAUCAAACUUUAGAAGCCUUUUUAAACCACGAAUACUCUGCAUGUUUGCAUUUCCUGCUGUGCCUUGAAAUGUCCUGCAACAACAGGGUGAUCAAGUUAAGAUCCUACAUCUGUAUGUGGCUACACAUAGUGGCUGUCUUGAGUGGUGUUCAGAUUGAGUCUCCUCUGGUGUCUCUUGGCAGAAUACCCGAGAUAACACAACUCAGACUUCCCAUAAAACAUGGUUGUUGAUAAAGUUUCUGUUAUGUGUGCAUUUUCUCAAAUUCAGACUAGGCCCAAAGUGUCUACUGGUUUUAAUUAUAAUUUUACUUCAGCUAUUGACUAAGACAUAGGAAACUAGGUGAGACUUUAAUUAAUCAAUUGACAAGUAAUUUGCCAAGGAGGAAUGAAAACCUGCAGCCCUGGGGGACAGGAGUUUAAUAAGUUUUGAAGCUGAGUGAAUUCUGCACCUUCACCAUUCUUUUCUGUUAUUUUACAGUUAUUUCAGAGUCAAGUGGCUAGUCCUGUUGUGUAUUGGUAUCAUAAGCGAUAGCAUAAGACAAAGCAGACAAUGCCAGUCUUGCAGCUUAAUGUUGUUUGCAGUUAUUCACACUUGUUUAUGAACUCAACUAGUUGCUCACAUUUCCUUUGAAAGAUUGUCUGAUUCAAAAAGAAAAUGUUCCAAUUUGAAUAACAUUGGCAAAAAACAAACUGAUUUUGUUUCGUUACUUACAAAUAUCAUUAUACUAGUCGUGGGGAGUGUGUGCAUGGUUAAAUAGCUAACAGUCCGUAGUCAGGGCCAGGAUGUUUUUGAUGACUACAUGACCUGACUAUUAAAAAAAAAGAACAAAGGCCCAACGUUUUUCCUAGUCAGGUGGCGUGGGUGGGAGAAACUGGCCCUAGUCAUACUGUAUGCAAUUCAUGUCAUCCUUAACACUGUUUCUCAUUGGAGGAGGUGGUUGGCUUCCUUCCUGCUAAUGAAUACUGCUGUCCACUGUGCCUCAGAACAGUUGGCCUUCUCAAUUUAUUUUCAGAUUCCUCUUAAUCUAUUCUAAAAUGUUCUAUAUAGAAACAUGCUUGACACUGUCACCCUAUCUUUUCCUUUUUUGUAAUUGACGUGUCCAUACUGUGUGUGUUCAGUAGAACGGGUGUGUGUGGACCUGCCUCUUUGACUAAGCUUGUCUUGUCCUGCACCUUGGACUUUACGAUAAAAAUGUCAAAUCAAUCCUGGAAUAUUAUCCUCUUGGCACUUCGGUAAACCUGAAAGGACUGGAUAGGUAUAUCAGAGGGCAACAUGGAGCUCUUAUUGAAUUGUGUAUGCUGUACCUAUCUGAUCCUUUCAGAUGUACUUGAAGUGUCCAGGGGUUGAUUGGAUUUGAGCAUGUACUGUACCUUUUUUCUUCCCUCAUUUACUUGACACUUAGGACAAGUGCUUCAAAAGGGGAACACAAAAUUACAACUAAGUGAAAUAAAAGUAAGAUUUGUCCCAAUUUA